ACUGAGCACGUGUAGCCGCGCCGCAAAUUCCUGAAACAAAUUCUUAAGUUUAUUUAUUUAGCAGAAAGGAAUCGCUGCUGAAUAUUGACGGAAUUUAUGAUAAGCGUCUUGUCAACACAUAAAAAUGGCUAUACAACCGAAUCGGCGCAAGAGGAAACAUGAAGAGACGAACAUGGAGCAGCAGCAGCUCGACGAUGGCGAGGUAGUGGUGCCGAAGAAGAUUCCCAAGGAUUCCGACACGCCAAAGAAAAAGAAGGAAAAGGCGAUUAAGAUAAACGUCACAGCGGAAGAGCCUCCCAAGGAAAAGUUGGAAACACCUGUAGACGAUGCAGUAGAAGGGCAACAGGUGGAAAUGGAUGUUGGCCCUGCAUCGCCAGAGAAGAAGAAACGCAAGGAAAGGCACCCAAAGAAAGUGGUUCCGGAGCAAGGCGGCGACGCUGACCACGCUCUUGACGAAGCAGAGAUAAGCCCUGAUUCGGGAUUUGAGCCGGAGGAGAAUACACCAAAUUUUCCCAAUGAUUUCAAAAUGAUGAAUUUCCGCACCAAACUCCGUAGCAAUAGUUUCAUUACCGAGCUGCGCCACUUUCUGUUCAUGUGCCAUACACGUCCCAGGAUCGUGGCCAAGUACAUUGAGAAGCGAGGUAAACCCUUGGAGCUGGCCGAGGCCUUUGAUCGCAUCGACAAAAGCAACAUUUUGCAUGUGGAUUACCUCACCGAAGCACUGCAUCGCAUCGUGAUGGAAAUACUCAGUAAUCAGAAGGGUCACAUCGAGUCGGCGGCCCAUGGCUGUCGCUACUUUCUGAAAGUCCAUGGCGGAGUGCUGGAGAACUUGCUGCAGUCGUCGCGGCCCAGCCAUCGCCGCAAUGCACUUAAGCUGCUCACGGCGAUUGUGUGCGUGGAGCCGCAGCUGGGACGUCAGGUUCUAAACUCCUAUGACAUCCUCUCGAAUGUAAGCGUCAUGCAUCAGAUGCUGUCCCACGCCAAGAAUGACUACCAGAACGAGGAGACCGUCCGCAAGGCGUACAUACACUUUAUUUUGGCCUUUCUGGUCGAGGGCAAUGCGCUGCUCAUAAGGAACAUUCUGGAUCGGGGUCAGCUGAUUGGUGUGCUGGCCAAGGGACUGGUCUACGACGAUCAUGUCACCGUCUGCGUGGUGCUGAACGCACUCAGGCAAUAUGUGCUGGAAAACCCAGACAUACAGAAGACGAAGAAGGUCCUGGUCUUUGAUCUGGAAUGCUGCAAGUCCCUGCGGCGCCUCUACGACUGGGAGGGCCCAAAUGGCCUGACAGCUCUGUUCGGCAAGAAGCACUCGAAGGGAAAGCCGAACGAACAGGAAGCCGAAUCCGUUGCUGCGGCUGUCCAUGAGCUGCUGCUGCUCUUGCUCACCUCCCGCAAGCAUGGAAUCUGCUUCGAUGCCAUGACCCACUACCGCCAGAAGCAGAACAAACUCCAAGGCAAAGUGCUGGGCUCGCUCUACAGGCCCUACAGCAAUCCACGCAAGACGGAACUGGUCAUCAAGACCCUGACAGCGUGUCCCGAUCUGGGACGCAAUACGGUGCGCAACUUCUCCUGCCUGAUGAGUCCCAGUAGGGUGGCGAUGAACGACAUCCCCCAGGUGGCCCUGUUUCUGGCCCAAAUCAUAGAUGCAGUGCCCCCCAGCUCCCUGUCGGUCGCAUUCAACAAGAUGACGCUGACGGAUCUCGGUUUUUGGAUCAAGGAGCUGUGUCUGCCCAUUGAGGGACUACUCCACAUUACGGGCAAGAGCAUGCUGAACAAUCAGGACUUCAAACUGCGGCUGGCCGUGCUGCGACUGCUCCUCGCCAUGAUGAAGCAGUACAGCAACUAUGUGGGCGCCAUCGCCCUCAGGGAGCAGUCGAAGAAGGCGGGCAACUCGAUGCGAAAAUUCAAAUUUGAUCUGCUUAACCACCUGCUGGUGCACUUUCCCACCAUCGAGUCGAUCCUGUAUUCCCUGUAUCUGGCCAUCAAGCAGCAGAAUCAGCCGGGAGUGAAUGUCCUGGAGUGCCUGUCCAUCACUCUGGAUCUGGUUCUGCUCAUGUGCAAAGAGAAUCGAGCCUUUGUGAACAAAACAAGUAAAAUUCUUGAUUAUCUGGAGGUUCUGCGGCCGCUGUACGAGACCGAUUUCGAUGCCGUGGAUCAGCCCCAAGAGCUCGUCAAAGUUGAACUGGAAUUGAAGUCAAUCAAGACGAUAUUGCUGCUCUUCCCGAUGUCCCUGAACCCCCAGGAGGAGCUCUUCGGCAAGGUCUUCCGCUCGUUCAUCAAGGCCUAUAUGCUGGAGGAUGUGGCCAUUAAGGCAGAGGCCGGCAACAUAUUGAAUCGCCUUUUCCUCAACACGGGCCUGUUCGACUCCUGCAGCAACGAGAUCAACAUCUGGCUGGAGUCGCUCAUUGGCUUCGAUGCCGAGACUGUGGAGAACGUGGUGAGCAUUCUGCUGACCAUUCUGUGCCUCGACUGGCGGAAGAUCAAGCUGCCGGAACUGGAUGCGGCCGCGACCGAAGCCAUUAGCAGCGAGAACAUACGCAAACUGUUUGCCCAAAUCAAGGCCGGCCAGACGGUGCAGUCGUAUGUGGAGGUCCUGAUGCUCAGCAAGAUGAUGCCCCUGCUGCUGCAGGGCGUGGACAUUGAGGCGCCGUACGAUGCCUAUGUGGAGCAGGUCUUUGUCAUGCUCUUCCACUACCACAGCCAGCCGGAGCAGGUGCUGCAGCUGUACGAUGGACACUUGGAGAAAUAUCAUGACUACAUGAAGAGCUGGCUGCCCGGCAGCGACAGCGGGGAGGAGAAGCCCAAGAAACUUCCCGCUGCCAUUGCCCAGAAAUGGCCGCUUCUGAAGGAACUGCGAAAGGUUCUAACCGCUGAGGAAUCGCAGGGCUUUCAGCUCACCUUCAAGCCGGAGGAUGAGAAACACUUUGAGCUGAAACUGGAGGAGGGACAGACGAUGCCGCUGCACUUCAGCCUGAGCAAUCCGCGUCGCAACAUGAUCUAUGUCCAAGAUCUACUGUUCGUCUUCAUCCAAUCCUUGUCCAGGCAGAGUCUGACCAAGUCGCAGGCAGAGCAAACGGCCGAUUAUCUCAUCAAAUUUGUGCAAAUCGCCAGCCAAGUGGAUGCUGGCACGGAGGAGAUACAACAGGAGGAUGAUCAGCAGAAGCCCGAGACCCACACCCACCAUCUGCUGCAUUACAUCUACAACAGCCGCCUGGGACCGCUGCAUCCCACCCAGAUACUGAGCGAGACCAGCGAUAAUCGCUUGAACUACGUCAUCUUCUUGCGCCGCCUGACGGAGCAUUGCCGCAGUCUGCCACGGUUUGACAGCUUCACGGCCAAGUAUCGCCUGCAGCUGGUCAAGGCCUUGGAGAUUGCCUUGGACUCUGCCGUGGAGGAGCAUCAGCAGCUCAGCGAGUGUGUGGCACUGGUCGACACAUUCGAGUUGAAUGCCAGCGGCUGCUCUCAGAUGCUGGAUUUGCUCACGUCCAAGCUGCAGGCCAAGGAUUACGUGGCCAACAGCAAACCGAAUCACUACUACGAGCUGCUGCUGUUGCUGCUGAACCGACUGUGCCAGCUAAAGGAGCCCAUCGACUGUCGGAAGUGCUUCAGCAGAUUACUGGGCUACUAUGGCGAUUUCUGUGAGCUAAGCGAACAGCAGCUGGAACCCCUGGAGGCGGCUAUUCUCCAGUUCCUGGUCAACUUCCAUCACCAUCUGGCUGGGUGCGACAGCAGCUUCUUCGCCUGCUUCUUCACCUCAACGCGAAAGAUAAGCAAGUCGGCCAUACGAUUGGCCAGUCUGCUUCUCGAACGCCAGCCGCGACUCUCCGUGACGUUUGUCGAACUUCUGCCAGAGAAUUUGGAGCAAAAGGAACUUGUCUACCCGCUGCUGGACAUUGCCCUGUCCAAGAGCUAUCAACUGCCGCAGGCGCUGCUACAGCGCUGCUAUCAGACGUACAAGAACGGAUUCAUGAAGAGCAUCGAGAAGCCGCAGAAGGCGGCCCUCAUCUAUCGGGAGCACGCGGAGGCCAGUGCCCUGCUCAUCGCUCAGUGCAUGCCCAAGUCGGAGUGCCUCGAUUACUGUCAGAAGCAGCUGAAACUCGACUCGGUGGAGCUCUUCCAGAUUCGGGUACUGCGCGAGAUCUACUGGCAGGCCUCCGCGGCAGCCAAGGAUGGCAAGCAGAGGGGCAGUGUCUUCGUCAACUAUGUGAACCUGAACGUCCAGAUGCUGGCCCUAGAUCUGAAGAAACAGGCGCUUGAAAUGAGCAAACUGGAGCAGAUUAGCUGGAACUGCUACGAGUGGUGGCAGAGUGGGCAGCUGAGCGAGGAUCUGCAGCUGGAUUGGAGUCGCCUGGUGAAUGCCCCGCAAUGGCUUAACUUCUGCAAGAGCUGCCUGAAGUUGGCCCUGCAUUUGGGCGAGGACCAGCAGCCGCAGCAGGAUCAGGCAAAUGCACUCAUCCUCAAGCUUUUGGCCUUCCUGUGCGAUCGUCUCUAUGGCGACUACACGCCGGAAGCGCCAGAGGGGGAGGAUCCCACGCCAGCUCUGCUCUACGAAAUGAUCUGCACACAUUCAUGCUGCUUCGAUCAUCUCCUGGGUGCGGCCAGCGACACGAAGACACAUCUCCUGCAGCUAAUGGAGACUCUGGCCAGGAAGGGACCGACAGCAUUGCAGGCGUCACACGUGCCCGUGAUCCUUGGAGCCUACCAUGCCAAGCUCUCGGCUGCCGAUCGCUAUGCUUUGGCUCUGCUGGAGCACUAUGAGCGGCACGAUGUGGGCCUGGAAAAGUUCAGACCGUUCAUCUGGGGCGAGAGCGCCGUGGCACAUUAUGCCCUGAGAGCCGCAGACGAGGAUGAGCGGGCAAAGCUGCAGCAGCAGGAGACAAAUGUGGCCCAGGUGCUGGCCCUGAUUGUGCGCGAGACGAGCGUGUACACCAUGGAGAAUUUCCCAAUCUGGAGGAGUCUGCAUGCCAGCCAGCAGCUGCCCGAAGUUGAGUUCCUGAAUCCCUCGAAGAAAUCCCAGAGAUUCGGCGAUAAUCCACUGGAGAAAAUGGUGGAGCAGGGCUGCCACGACUUCGCCCAGGAAGUGCGACGCCUGUGCCCCAAGCGGGAGGAGAUCUACGAGUCCUGCUACGACCCGGCCUUCCUGCUGCCCCUGAUGAUGCACUGCUUCGCCCCCGGCUCUGUGGUGUGGGCCCGCUGGCCCGUCCAGAACGGACUCCUGGCAGUCAGCUUCUGUGCCCUUUCCUCGCUGGACAAGGAUAUGCGACUGGCGGCCGCCAGCUGCCAGCAACGCUAUCGCACCCACUUCGAGCUCUCCAAGUUCUACGAGCGUCCGCUGUGGUCGCAGGCCUACGACAACAUCCAGGCGGGACUGAACGAACUACGCACCUCGUGGCUCGCCCAGAGGGGCACGCAUGGCGGCACGCCGCGAGUGCCGCUGAUACCGGCCCUCUUCAUCGCCCACAGCUUCAACCUGAGCACGGAGCCGACGCAUCUGCUGUACAAGCGCCUGAUGCUGUACCUGCGGCUGAAGCAGAGCUUCAACUUCCAGACGAUACCCGACUUCAACGUGUUCUUCUACUCGCACGAACCGGAGCACCAUCAGUACCGCAACUUCAUGGUGGAGCUGCUGCGGUGCGGCAUCAAGUGCAGUGCCGAUCUCUUCCAGCUGGUCUCGACGAACACGUUCAAGGUGCUGCUCACCUUCUACACGUGCGAACUGGGCACGCUGGAGACCAGACUGCUGCUGCUGUCGGUGCUCUCCACCUGCGCGAAGAUUCCCGGCGCCGUCAAGAUCAUGCUCGAGCAUGUGGGCAUCUACUCGUGGCUCGUCGGCGUCAUCUGCCACACGGAGUUCCAUCAGUUCGACGUCAUCGAGGGCAUCAUCAGCAUCCUGAACAAUCUGUGGUAUGCCGCGGCCGCCUCCCGCUCCGAGCUGCCCAACUAUGAGAUCAUUCAAUCGCGCGUUCAUUCUCUGAUCCUGCAACUGCUGCCGCGGCUCUCGCCGCGCAUCUCUGUGCCCAGCCUCGCACGCCUGCUCAACGUGCUCUGGAAGACAUCCUCGGUGGACGGCAACCAUUGCCUGUUGUCCGCUGACGAGCUGGAUGUGCUACUCGAAUGCGUUGCGCGGCACUGGCCCGAUCAGCUGCCCGGAAUCCGCUAUGUUAAGAACUUUGGUGGCUCCGCCGCGUGUCCUCGCUCGGAAUACUGCGACUGGCUGGCCAAGGAGCAGCAGCUCGAUGUUCAUGCCGUGCUCGCCCUGUCCAGCCUGAGGGAAUACGUCUGCGACUGGUGGCAGUCCCGCCAACCAGCUGAGAAAACACUGUAGGGAAACCAUUUUAUUUGUUGUUUUUCGCUUAAGUUAAGCUACUGCUAUUGAAUUGUGUUUAUUGUAUAGGCAUUUCGAGUCUUCAGAAUAUAUAUUUGUAUGCAA